AUGCGAAAAGAAACAUUUUCCUAUUCUCCUUCGCUUUAUCUCAUCCUGUUCACCUAUCUAUCUAGGAAGACCUUUUCUUUUCAUUUGUUGCCUUAUUUCAAUUCUCCUUCGCUUUAUCUCAUCCUGUUCACCUAUCUAUCUAGCAAGACCUUUUCUUUUCAUUUGUUGCCAUUUUUCAAUUCUCCUUCGCUUUAUCUCAUCCUGUUCACCUAUCUAUCUAGCAAGACCUUUUCUUUUCAUUUGUUGCCUUAUUUCAAUUCUCCUUCGCUUUAUCUCAUCCUGUUCACCUAUCUAUCUAGCAAGACCUUUUCUUUUCAUUUGUUGCCUUAUUUCAAUUCUCCUUCGCUUUAUCUCAUCCUGUUCACCUAUCUAUCUAGCAAGACCUUUUCUUAUCAUUUGUUGCCUUUUUUCAAUCGCCUUCGCUUUAUUUCGACCUGUUUGUCUAUCCCCGUUUUAUUUGCUGCUUUUUCCAGUAUAUCAAUUUCUCUCUAUCUAUUUUUAUUUGCUGCUUUAUGCAGUCUAUCAGCUUCUCUCUCUAUAUAUAUAUACAGUCAAUCUAUCAAUAUCUUUCUAUUUUUGCUGCGUUAUGCAUUUGGCCACUUGGUGUCGCUUCUGUUUUUUUUUGUUUUUUUUUUUUGUUUUUAUCUCGUUCUUUCAUUCAUUUUCUUUUAUUAUCCUUACUCUCCCUUUUUCUUUUGCUUUCUUUUUCCUUAUUGCUUCUUUUGCUUUGUUCUUUCUUUUUCUUUCUUUUUCUUUCUUUUUCCUUAUUGCUUCUUUUGUUUUGUUCUUUCUUUUUCUUUCUUUUUCUUUCUUUUUCCUUAUUGCUUCUUUUGUUUUGUUCUUUCUUUUUCUUUCUUUUUCUUUCUUUUUCCUUAUUGCUUCUUUUGUUUUGUUCUUUCUUUUUCUUUCUUUUUUUUUUUUUUUUUCCUUAUUGCUUCUUUUGUUUUGUUCUUUCUUUUCUUUCUUUUUUUCUUUUUCCUUAUUGCUUCUUUUUGUUUUGUUCUUUCUUUUCUUUCUUUUUCUUUUUUUUUCCUUAUUGCUUCUUUUUUGUUUUGUUCUUUCUUUUCUUUUCUUUUCUUUCUUUUCCUUAUUGCUUCUUUUGUUUUUUCUUUCUUUUUUUCUUUUUUUUCUUUUUCUUUUUCCUUAUUUUCUUUUUUUUUGUUAUUUCUUUUUCUUUCUUUUCUUUCUUUUUCCUUAUUUUCUUUUUUUUUUUUCUUUUUUUUUCUUUCUUUUUCCUUAUUGCUUCUUUUGUUUUGUUCUUUCUUUUUCUUUCUUUUUCUUUCUUUUUCCUUAUUGCUUCUUUUGUUUUGUUCUUUCUUUUUCUUUCUUUUUCUUUCUUUUUCCUUAUUGCUUCUUUUUGUUUUUUUUUUUUUUUUUUCUUUUCUUUCUUUUCCUUAUUGCUUCUUUUGUUUUGUUCUUUCUUUUUCUUUCUUUUUCUUUCUUUUUCCUUAUUGCUUCUUUUGUUUUGUUCUUUCUUUUUCUUUCUUUUUCUUUCUUGUUUUUGCGGAUCGUUCGAUUGGCCUGUUUUUUUUUUUUCUUAUUUAUUCAUAUUUUUUUAUUUUCUUAUUUAUUUAUUUCGGACUCUCAGAAACAGGAGUUCUUUUUGUCCAGGCCACUGAAGGGUAUAAUGGUGUCCUUUCGACCUUAUAG